UCAAGGCCGUAAGUCCAGGCUGCUCUGCCCUGUGCCUUCUCUGCUCAGGUCCCGCCCCUCUCCGGUACACUGAACCAAAAGGCACGGUCUGUUGUCGCUUGUGCCACACUGGAAAGGGAAACAAAGAAGCUGCAGUCAUGUCGUCGUCUUCAUCGUCGGAGCAAUUCGAGGAAGGGGAGUAUGAAAGCCAACCCAAGAGAAUGAAGUGCGCCCAGGAGGACGGGGAGAUAGACUAUACAUCUGAGGAGCAGGAGGUGGAGGCGGCGACAGAGCCGGUGAAGAACACUUGGGGAGAAUCCAGGGAUGGAGGUGGCAAUCAUCACAAAGUGUCGGUAUCUCCUGUGGUCCAUGUCCGGGGGCUUUGUGAAUCAGUGGUGGAAGCUGACCUUGUGGAGGCACUGUCACAAUUUGGGACAAUUUGUUAUGUUAUGAUGAUGCCCUUCAAGCGCCAGGCACUAGUGGAGUUUGAAGAUAUUGAGUUCUCCAAAAAGUGUGUGAGCUUUGCUAUGAAUGAGCCAGUAUAUAUAGCUGGCCAGCAAGCCUUUUUCAACUACUCUACAAGCAAACGGAUCACAAGGCCAGCCAACGCUGAAGACCCAUCUGGGGGCAACAAAGUACUUCUUUUGUCAAUUCAAAAUCCCCUCUACCCAAUUACAGUGGAUGUUUUGUAUUCUGUCUGCAAUCCAGUUGGAAAAGUAGAACGCAUUGUUAUAUUUAAGAGAAAUGGAAUCCAAGCAAUGGUUGAGUUUGAGACCGUUCAUAGUGCCCAGAAGGCCAAAGCUGCUUUAAAUGGAGCUGAUAUAUAUGCUGGAUGCUGCACUUUAAAAAUCGAGUACGCCAGGCCCACGCGACUCAACGUCAUUCGCAACGACAACGACAGCUGGGAUUAUAGCAAACCUUAUUUAAGCAGGAGAGACCGUGGUAAAGGCCGACAAAGACAAGCUAUUCUAGGAGACCACCCUUCGUCUUACAGAUACGAUGGUUAUGGAAACCAUGGCCCUCUGCUCCCUUUGCCAAAUCGUUAUAGGAUGGGAUCAAGAGAUACACCGGAACUGGUUUCUUACCCUCUGCCUCAGACCUCUUCCUCUUACAUCCAUGGUGCCCCUCCUGUUGGUUCAGUAGCUAUGGUUAGCAGCUUGCAUCAGGAAAAGAUGAACUGCUCUCGAGUAUUCAACCUCUUCUGCUUGUACGGCAACAUAGAGAAGGUGAAGUUUAUGAAGACUGUUCCUGGUACAGCCCUAGUGGAAAUGGGUGAUGAGUAUGCUGUAGAAAGGGCAGUCACACAUUUGAACAACGUGAAGGUUUUUGGAAAGAGACUGAAUGUUUGUGUGUCCAAACAGCACUCUGUUGUCCCAAGCCAGAUAUUUGAACUAGAAGAUGGUACAAGCAGUUACAAAGAUUUUGCAAUGAGCAAGAAUAAUAGGUUUACCAGUGCUGGCCAAGCAUCCAAGAACAUAAUCCAGCCGCCAUCUUGUGUUCUGCACUUCUACAAUGUUCCCUUGUGCAUGGAUGAAGAAAUGUUCCAGAAGCUCUGCGAAGAACACGAGGUUCCCACGUUCAUCAAGUUCAAAGUUUUUGAUGCUAAACCAUCAUCUAAAACUCUGUCUGGGCUGCUUGAAUGGGAAACAAAGACAGAAGCAGUGGAAGCCCUAACAGCAUUAAAUCACUAUCAGAUAAGAGUACCAAAUGGCUCCAAUCCGUACACACUCAAGCUAUGCUUCUCUACGUCAUCCCACCUGUAAAUGCUACCCGAAGGACCAUGGCGUUCCCGUUGUAAUUUCACAAUGUGCAUGUGUAACUAUAUCUUGUUUUUAUUGCGUAAUGGAUAUUGUCAUUAAUGGAACACUGUCAUGUAAAUGCUGACAUGUCCUAUAUAACAAAUCUAUAUGUUAUGCUGGUCCAAAAGACUUGUAAAUGUAUAGAUAAACAAUUGUGAUAAUAUGCACCUCACUCAUUCUGACCCUGUGCCACCAGAAAAAUGUCUGCUCCUAGAAUGCCUGUUAAUGCGCUGCUACAGGUUUUUCAUGUACUCACUAAUGAAAUAACGCAUUUAACCUGAA